GCUCUGUGGUGCAGCGUGGAGCCUCACGGAAAGAAGUGAACAAGUGAGGAGACUUCACACGUGCUGCUGUCCACGCAGAGAAAGCCAGUGCGAAGAAGAUCGACAGAGAGGAGGAAGUAUAGAGGACCGUCGGCUGCAUCGAUAGAAACGCUAAAUCAGAAAAGAUGAGACCAGGGUUCAGUCCUCGUGGGGAUAGAGGAGGAGGAAGAGGGCGAGGAGGCUUUGGUGACCGGGGAGGAGGCUUUGGUGACCGGGGAGGAGGAAGGGGACGAGGGGGAUUCGGUGACAGGGGAGGAGGACGAGGGCGAGGAGGAUUCGGCGGAAGAGGUGGAUUCAGGUCCCCAGAUGGUGGUGGAUUCCGGGGUAGAGGUGGAGGCAGAGGCGCACCGAGAGGAAGGGGUGGCGGAAGAGGAGGAUUCGGAGCAGGGAAGAAGGUCAUGGUUGAGCCACACAGACAUGAAGGAGUAUUCAUCUGCAGAGGGAAGGAGGAUGCCCUGGUGACCAGGAACAUGGUGGUUGGAGAGUCAGUGUAUGGAGAAAAGAGGAUGAGUGUGGAGGAAGGAGAAACAAAGAUUGAGUACAGAGCGUGGAAUCCGUUCCGAUCCAAGCUGGCAGCAGCCAUCUUAGGAGGAGUUGACCAGAUCCACAUCAAGCCCGGCUCAAAGGUCAUGUACCUGGGAGCUGCCUCUGGCACCACGGUGUCUCACGUUUCAGACAUUGUUGGACCGGAGGGCCUGGUCUAUGCUGUGGAGUUUUCCCAUCGCUCAGGUCGUGACCUUCUCAACGUGGCAAAGAAACGCACCAACAUCAUUCCCAUCAUCGAGGACGCCCGCCACCCACACAAAUACCGCAUGCUUGUUGGCAUGGUGGAUGUGAUUUUUGCUGAUGUUGCCCAGCCUGACCAGACCAGAAUUGUGGCUUUGAACGCUCACAACUUCCUGAAGAAUGGAGGACACUUUGUCAUCUCUAUUAAGGCUAACUGUAUAGACUCAACAGCCCCUCCAGAGGCAGUGUUUGCCUCAGAGGUGAAGAAGAUGAGCGGUGAGAACAUGAAGCCACAAGAGCAGCUCACACUGGAGCCCUAUGAGAGAGACCACGCUGUGGUGGUCGGCAUUUACAGAGCUCCACCAAAAGACAAGAAAUGAAGAGUGAAAGAUGGCAGGAACUGAGGACUAUUUUCAACCACCAUCUACUUUUUCUACUUUGUGUUGUCCCUUUCCCUAUACUGCACCUCCGCCUGUCAUGUCAUGAGGGUCAGAUUCAGAGGGGAUCACUUUUUUGAGUUAACUGAUUCCAGCAUCCAACUGUUUGAGUCUUUCUACUGAUACAUUUUGGAGCACAUUGUAUAACAUUGAGGCCAUUUCGCAAGGGACUGUCAUGAGUUGAUGGCAAGAUUGGAGCAAGUCAUGUCAGUUGUACGUAGGUUUUUAUAAAAUGUAGAGGUUAAUGUCUAGCAGGACCACCCUAAUUACACCAGGAAGACGGUGAUAAAUAUCCAGUGUGUCGAGGACAACCCCAGCCUCAAUUGAGUUGAGGGAUACUUAAUUCAUCUGUGAACAAUGUCCUACUCUAACCAUGUGUAUUUCAGCAGACGGGAUAAACUGUUAAACCAAAACGCAUAAUUACAUUGAGUUUUUUUUGCUCAUUUUUAUUUCAAUAUUGUCUGGCUCCGGAGUCUUUUCUUGCUGAAGGUCCUUUUUCAAUGACAUGUCUGGCUUGUCCCUUGUUCUUGUGUUGCAUGUUUUUGCUGGUCCCUUGCUCUUAUCAUAACUGCCCUUAUCAGGGUGAUUCUGAUUCCUAACAUUGCAAUCCUGCAUAGGUGGGCACAUCCCAAUCGUACUGGCUACUAUUUUAAGUGUUAAGUCAGAACUUGUGUGAACAAUACCCUAACUUUGUAGGUAAGGAUCCCUUAAUGCUGAUCUGUUGACUGGCGAGGCUGUAAACUUGACCCUGCGUGUACAGACAUAUAUAGAUGGUGACAUUUUCACUAAAACUUGUAAUUUGAUUUUGAGUAAGGAGCAGAAGGAUGUAACUUGAAACAAUUAAUGCUUUGAACAGUUUAUAUAUUUUGACAUAAACAGCAAUUUUGUUUUAAUAAAAUGUUUAUGAUUGUU